AUGCCCGUUAUAGGUAACUCGAGAAUGGGAAGGUGAGAAUCAAAUCAAGAGGCCGAGUGGCCAAGUUCAAGUGUCGCAAAGGCUACACGAUGUUCGAGGGGGACAAAUUCGCAACCUGCGUCAAGGGAAGAUGGAAUGGAAAAAUACCCAAGUGCAUAACAACUGGCUGUGACUACUACAGCUCCAUUCCUAAUGGAGAGGCUGUUUACCUAUACAACGAAGCUCUUGUUCAGUUCAUUUGUAACCCCGGCUACGUUCUUGAAGGGUCGUCUGCGCUGACGUGUGACGGAUUUGGGUGGAAUGACACCAUACCUGAAUGCAAAGCCCCGACAGACGUGGAAUAUUUUUGUGAUUUCGAGAGCAGCUCGAUCUGCGGAUGGUCAAACGGCGAACAUGACGAAUUCGACUGGACGAGAAACCGGGGUCCUUCCGCCAGUUUCGCUGUAGGAACAGGCCCCAAGGCUGAUCAUACUCUGGGGACAAUAUUUGGUCACUACAUGUACAUCGAGGGCUCUGUCCCGAGAUCGGAUGGUGACAGGGCUCGCCUCUACUCGCCUGUCUACCCAGCCUCCUUCACUGAGAGCCCGACCUGCUUCGCCUUCUAUUAUCACAUGUUUGGCAACACGACAGGGCACCUCAAUAUUUACAUGAAGGGAGAGGAAGACAACAUCGAAUUUCAGUCCCCUGUGUAUCAGAUGGGUGGAUAUAAUCACGAUAAGUGGAUUCUUCAAGUCGUCCAUUUGCAUGAACUCGACUCCAAUUUCCAGCUCGUCCUAGAAGGGGUACGUGGCCACAGCUACACGAGUGACAUUGGCAUCGACGAUGUGAAAUUAGCCCACGGGGAGGACUGUGACCACCUCGACGAAGAAGCUCAGAAACAGUACCAAACUAGCGCCCCCGAGACGACCAGAACGACGUCGCCCCUGCCAGAAACGACUUUAAAAGCUGAGAUCAGCACCAUUUCAUCUGGUGGAACUGAAUCCACUGCCAUCAUUUCGUCAUCAACAGAUAUGAGUAAUGAUAUAUUGGUUAUGGGUGGCAGCAGCACUAGAACGACUGAGUCAUCAACGGGAUCUGUUUCAUCAACUGUGAUAGAAACAACGUCUGCUGCAUUCCAGACGUCGGGAGGGUACAAGCUGGAAUCAUCCAGCACUCCAGGGCCCAUAUUAUCAACGACGACAACGGCAUAUUCCGCUUUUGACCCUGCAAGUGACGAUGAUCUAUCUAGUUGCCGAAAUCGGUGCGACGAGAUUGCAAUAGAUCCCGGGACCUGCGGCUGUGAUAUUGAAUGCGCCCACAACCAUACCUGCUGCUUGGACGUGGAAGAGUUCUGUGAAGGAUAUAUAAUAACGAUGCCUCCACCUUCGCCAGAGCCUGUGGCAACGUCAACAUCUCCAUCUGUGACUAAUGCAGUCGAUAGUACAGUUGAACUAACCUCAGCUGUUACAGAGCCACAAUCAUCGACCUCUGAAGCACCUGUAAUGAUCAUUACCACAGUCCCUGCAACACCUGAAGUCACAUCGACGAUUUCCACAACACUUGAAAUCACAACGAGAGAGGUUACAACACCUAAAGUUACCACCACCACUAAAACCAGCACUGCUUUAGAACCACUCGUAACAGAAAUGCCAACAACGAGUACCAGCACUGAGCAGACACAAACACCAUUGGUAACAACAGACACCUCAACCAAAACGACGCAGCAGACGACAAAAUCCAAGCCUAUCGUUCCUAAGACUCCUCCUCCCACAACAACGCUAGAACCUACUACAGAAACGACGACAGAAACACUACAGAAUCCACGACAGAGUCAACGACAGUAGUGACUAAGACUCCCUCUACCACAACGACCACAGCUACCAAAGCCAUUGAGAUAUUCACCUCUGCAGUGAUGCAAUCUACAAAGGAACCAUCGACAUCUUCCGCGCCAUAUUCCCCACAACCUGGGAUUAGCGGAAGCUCCUCGACGCCUUCCAAAGGCUCGAACGCUGCUACCUCUGCCAUCGUCAUAUCUACUGUCAUUAUCAUCAUCAUCAUCGUUGCUGUGUUGGUGAUAGCCUACAUCAGAAAAAGGCGAAGGGAUAAGCUUCCCGAGGACUCGGAUAUUCAGUUCCUGGCUCGGGAUGAGAUUAUGAUGGACGGGAAUAUCUUCAGUUUAUCCAGCACCAUAACGCAGGCUCGAAACUCGGCCAUAUGAGGGUGGCGAGGGCGCCCAGUCAGCGUCUUGAACGAUUCCGACGUGGAAUUGUUGCUAGAGGCUAACUAGGCUCCCGUAAUGCCGCCAUAAAGAAACUUAGCUCUGAUGUAUUAGCAGGUCAACUUUUAGCGAUCUCAAAAUAAAGUAUAUUUUGGUAUAAGGUAACACGUUUUUAAAAAUUCUGCGUGACCAUUCUACAAGUCAGCUUAGUUUUCUCACUAUCAUUACUUGCUGUUCAGAGCUGAAGAUUUUAACUCAAGUACAUAAGCUGCAUCAGCAAAUUGCUCUAGGGCACCUUUGUCAUCAAGGCAUACAGGGGUGUUUGUAAUUAUACACAACUGCAGAAGUAAUUCUGUUUGCAAUUCACAAAUGUUCAUGAAUUUUCGUUCAAAUUAGUCUCUGAUUAAAAUCUCUUGAGUAACAUUUGGAGAUGUGCUUCAUCUUAUCAUAUACUAGGUACCGUUUUCCAUAAAAGUCAGCAAUUAAAUAAUUUUUUCAAAUAAGAGUGGUGUCCCUGGCUGCUGGAACAAUGCCAUUUAUCAUUUUUCAGAUUUAUGUUAUUCAUAUUGAAUUACAUAAAUCAGUGGCUUUCUCAUACUUUAACAGUGUGAAUCAAAUAUCAGAAUAAUAAAACAUUGAUUAAGGAAGCUAUAACUCUAUGUGUAAACGUUAAAAGCCAUUAAAAUUUAAUUAGAUUUAUAUCAUUAUUAGGUCUUUAUUGUGUUUGGAUUUUUGGUAAUACAUGCUGGACUUGAGCGAGCUUCUCCCCUAUUCCGAAAAUUUGAAAGAUGCGUUGCAGUAAAUAUAAAUAUAUUUUUAUAUUUAUGGACCACUUUGUUACAAACCUAUAAAGUCAGAUAAUAACUACCUGUAAUAUUUCAUUGAUUCCGGGAUUAUCUGAACAAAUGUGCAGUUAAGGUAACGAAGCACCUGCACUGUAAACUACACUUACAGUCAAAUCGAUCUGUUUUAGGUUAAUAUCAAUUAUAUUUUCUGAUUGAUGGGUUAAAGUUGUUUGGUUGCAAAGACUUGAGAAUCAACCGAAUUCUGGCGAUGGAAGAGAGGGUCAUAUAAUUGAAAUUUACAAUCGAUAGACUGAUCAGCGGAAAGGAAACCAAGUAUCCGUAGAGCGUACAAAGAAAACCUCAGAGCUGAAGUAGAUCUCUCAUAUAAAACGCCAAUAAAUGCAAAAUCAGCAGGAGACACGAAGGAGUUUGGAAGUGAAGGGGGAGAAAUUCUUUUUAUCUUAUAUCAAAGAAAAACCAGACUUAAACCAGCGGAUGUUGGGAGUAAGUGUCAGUUCCUAAAAUCGUUUUCACUACACCUAAAUUUAUUAUGAAUACUGUGUUUCCCUCGAAAGACUGACAAACCUCGUUUGAAAAGCUGAAUAUAUAAGUCUACUGGGAUUUUUAAUUUCUUCUAUGGAGGCACCCAACGAUAUUUCCAAAAUGCAUCGAUGUUGACCCAUGCCUCUCGAAAAUGUAGAUGUAUUUACCUUUUUUUUUUAUUUUAUUAGAAAAGCUAACGACUUACCAUGAGGAGUAAUAUAUCUAUGAAUAUUAGAAAGUAAUAAUCAAUAAAAGAUAGAAUCACUGAUCUUUUUCGCAUUUUGCUUGACAGUGCUACGGUGUUGCACUGAAAUUACCCGCAUGAUAUAAACUCUAAAUUGUACAAGUCCACUUUUUCGUGUGUAGUCUUUUAAGUGUAUUUUUGUUACGUACUCGCGAAUGAAAAAAGUAAAGACUGUACAUUAAAUAUACAAAAUUAUGAUUUAGUUUAUCAAAUACAAUACCAAGUUUCAA